UCAGCGCGUGACGUUUGUUAAGAUGGAAUUCCAGAUGUGAUGAACACGAGUUGUUUGCAUUCGGUUACCUAACAAAAGAUGCGGUGAUAUCCAAGCCCAAGCAUGGAGAUUCUGAAGCAUCCCUAUAUUCUUUUGCUAUACACGCUGAUAACUUUCCUCACUUUUUCGGCAACACAGCGCUGUCCUUUGUCCGCUAGGACAGAAGAAAUUGUAAAAAAGUGCCCAGAAGAUGAAGAAAGUACAAAUAGAAGUGCACAGAUAAAAAAAUGUGAGAUACUUGCAGAACAACAGACGUGUUCAAGUCCUUCCAAAUUCAAGUAUCACUGCCUACCUACCGAUUUAUCAGGAACCCUAGUGGAAGUAUGUGCUGUUGAAACAUACAUAGAUGGUGUAUGUGUUUUUUAUAACAACACACAACUUCAAACAGAUAACAACAUAAAUUGUAGCCAAUCCUCUUCGUGCCCUAGCCGAUUUCUGUCCUCAGAGGCCCACCUAUACGAUCCUUGUAAAUCAAUCGAAUUAACAUCAACAAUUCCAUUGACCAAUAAAACAGUGACUUUUGUUCAUGAAGAUAAUUCAGAAGUGCAUACCACUGUCUUCAUAUUACUUGCGGUAAUAAUUCUUGUUUGUAUUGGAUUGGCCUUGUUCAUUCUUAAAAGACGGAAGGACAGACAGAAAAGGAGUAGAAAAAGUUUUGAAGAAGAAGAAAUUGUUCCUUUGCGUCAUAUAGGAAGAGAAGAGGUUACUUUUUUGCCUAGAGAGUAA